UAAAACCACACACAACAAUGAAUGUGGAUGGAAGUUUCGUGUGAAAUUAUUAUUUUUUUGUUUUUAGAAGCAUGAGAUAUACUAUUAACUACACAAUAUAUUCAUCAACAAAAUGGAAUUGUUGUUGAUGUUAUGGAACAUCAUUCUAACCGGAAUCAUCAGUUUACCAAUACUAUUUCUAGCGGUAUGUGUAAUACUAUAUCUGAUAACAGAUCCAUAUCCAAUGGUUAAAAGGUAUAAGGAAGAAGAGUCUUACAGGGACUGUCAAACUAAGACAAGAUGCAAAUUUCCAAAUAUCAUAGAUGCAAGCACUGUCAAUUUGAGUGUUGUUGUACCUGCCUAUAACGAGGAAGAUAGAUUACCAUCUAUGCUAGAAGAAACAUUAGAAUUCCUUGAGAAAAGACUAUCUGAACAUCCGUCAUAUAAAUAUGAAAUCAUAGUAGUGAGUGAUGGUAGUCGAGACAAGACAGUGAAGGUGGCGGAGGCCUACGCUGAGAAGUAUGGAUCAGAAAAGAUCAGAUGUUUGGAACUGGUAAAGAAUAGAGGGAAGGGUGGAGCCGUGCGGUUGGGUGUCCAAAGUACGAGAGGUGCAACAAUUCUAUUCGCAGACGCUGACGGCGCGUCAAAAUUCGAGGACUUGACUAAACUAGAAUUAGCUUUGAAAAAACAAGUGAAAUGUGACCCUCUAACACAGAUGACGGAGAUUAGUGAAAAGCAGGCUCUAGCUAUCGGGUCCAGGGCACAUUUGGAACAGGAGUCCUUGGCCACUCGGAGCGUUUUCAGGAACAUACUGAUGUACGGAUUCCACUUCCUCGUGUGGCUGUUCACGGUGAAAGGCAUCAAGGACACUCAGUGCGGCUUCAAGCUGUUCACCAGACGAGCUGCGCGCACCUGCUUCCAGAGUCUGCACGUCAACCGAUGGGCUUUUGACGUGGAGCUGUUAUACAUAGCACAAAAACUGAACAUUCCAAUAGCAGAGAUACCCGUGCGUUGGACCGAGAUCGAGGGCUCCAAGGUGACUCCGGUCUUGUCCUGGGUCCAGAUGGGUCUGGACCUGGCUCUCAUCUGGCUGAAGUAUUUGAUAGGCGCGUGGAAGAUCAGGAGUGAUAAACUAGACUAAGGCAAAUGUGGCGCGAGCCAUUUAUUUUUAUUGCAUCUUAUUAAACAGCUUGUUAUUAUUAAACCAAAUAUCUCAA